AUGGCUUCCACUACUGCUAAAAUAUUUCUCUUAUUUUCUGUUAUAUCUCUUCUCCAGUUUAACUUGUCUAUAGGACAAAAUGUUCGAGGAGGCUAUUGGUUCCCUGAAAGUGGAUUUGAAGCCUCAGAUAUAAAUUCCAAUCUUUUUACACAUUUAUUUUGUGCAUUUGCAAAUCUUGAUCCCCAAACCUAUCGACUCACAAUUUCCUCCACAAACAAUGCCUCUUUUGCCCAAUUCACAAAUACUGUUCAACUUAAGAACCGUUCUGUCAAAACCCUUUUGUCCAUUGGUGGUGGAAGUGCAGACAGGAAUGUUUUUGCUUCAAUGGCAGCUCAAUCCACUUCUCGAAAAUCUUUCAUUGAUUCUUCAAUAAAAUUAGCAAGAUCUUAUGGGUUUUCGGCUACGGAGAUGGCUAAUUUAGGUCUAUUAUUAAACGAGUGGAGCACGGUGGUGGCUGCAGAGGCCACAGCCUCAGGCAAGGCGGCGCUGAUUUUGACGGCAGCGGUUUCAUUUGCACCAACUGUGAAUGAUUUGAAAUACCCAGUUCAGUCCAUAAACAGCAACCUGGAUUGGAUCAAUGUAAUGGCGUAUGACUUUUAUGACCCCUCUUGGUACAAAUUUACCAACUCACACGCUGCACUCUACGAUCCGUCAGGCCAAGUCAGUGGCAGCUAUGGUAUUGGGGCUUGGACUCAGGCUGGCGUAAGAGCGACAAAACUGGUUCUUGGCAUGCCAUUUUAUGGGUACGCUUGGCGUUUGGUGAAUGCCAACAACCACGGCCUAUUGGCACCAGCGAAUGGCCCUGCAAGUGCUGAUAAUGGGGCCAUGGGUUACAGAUAA